AUGCGCUCUUUCACUUCCAUCGCCUCCGGGCUGAUCCUCGCGGCCUCUGCCUACGCCGUCGACCCCGCUGCCGUCUACACGGCCGGCCACAACUCAUCCAGCAACAACGUCCAGUUGCGCAUUGGCAAUGGCGGUGCCGGCCAGAGCGGCCUGAUCGAGGUCCUCGCCAACGCCUUCAUCAAAUCCAGCAUGCGCAACGGCUCCGACCCCUUCGCCGUGGCCUGGUACAAGUCCGACACCACGGAGUCGAUCAACUACCUCAAGGACGACACCAUCGACGUCGGCAUCACGUACACGCCAGCGGCUGAGCAGAUCGCCAUCAAGAAGGGCAUCGCCAAGAGCCCGGCCUGGUACGCAUGGCGCGACCAUUUCCUCUUGGUCGGUCCGUCGUCCAACCCGGCCAAGCUGAACAAGCGCGACGACGUCAAGACCAUGUUCUCGGAUAUCUAUACCACCGCCGAGCAGGGGACGUCGGACCCGCCCGUGCGGUUCUUGACGCGGUAUGAUAAGUCGGCGACGAAUAUUAAGGAUUCGCAGUUGUGGAUUGAUAUUGGGCAGGUCCCCUGGGCAACUGCCUACUCGAAAUGGUACCACCAAUACAUCGCCUAUCCAAUCCAAGCCCUGACCGCCGCCAUCCUCCUGAAAGAAUACUCCAUCACCGACCGCGGCACCUACCUCUCCAUCCCGGUCUCGCUCCAGAACCAGACCACCAUCUACAAGGCCGCCACCGAUGACGCCGCCGACCCGCUCCUCAACCCGGCGCACCUGCUCGUCGGCAAGAAGCCCAAGAACGAGAAGAUGGCUGACAAGUUCGCGGGCUGGAUUGUCAGUGCGGAGGGCCAGAAGGCUAUUACUGGUUUUAAGAAGGGUGGACAUCAGCUUUACACUGCUGCGCCGGCUAACAAGACUGCUCAGUUUUGA